AGCGGAAUUUGGCUCAAGCUGCCUCGCCAAUUUCUUACUCUACUCGUGCCCCUUUCGCACCCCUUUUUCAGGCCAUGGCUGUGGCUGAAGCGACCCUGAAGCGCAAGGCCGCGACCCUCGCCACCACUGACCUCGUGGCGACGGAGGACGACGACCAGGAGGAAGACCUGCCGUACAACCUCAUCGACAAGCUGCAGGACUCUGGCAUCAACGCGGCGGAUCUGAAGAAGCUGAAGGAUGCCGGGUUCAACACCAGCCAGUCUGUGGUCUUUGCCAUGAGGAAGGACUUGUUGAGCAUCAAGGGCCUUUCAGACCAGAAGGUGGACAAAAUCAUCGAGGCCGCCCGCAAGUCCAGCGAGGUGGGCUUCGUGACCUGCACGCAGCUGGUGAGCAAGAUGAAGAGCCGGUUCCAGAUCGCCACCGGGGCCGGCAAGCUGGACCAGAUGCUGGGCGGUGGCAUGGAGAGCUGCUCCAUCACCGAGAUCUUCGGAGAAUUCAGGUGCGGCAAGACUCAGCUCUGCCACUCUCUGGCAGUGAUGGCCCAGCUCCCGUCCAACAUGGGGGGCGCCAACGGCAAGGUGGUGUACAUGGACACCGAGGGCACCUUCCGCCCGGAUCGGAUCCGGCAGAUUGCGGAGGCCAAGGGCGUCUCUGCCGAGGCGGCCAUGGACAACAUCAUCUACGCGCGCGUGUACACCUCGGAGCACUUGGAGCAGUUGCUGGUGGAGGCCGCCUCGUUGAUGGUCAAGGACGAGGACCGCUUUGCGCUGGUCAUCGUGGACUCCAUCAUGGGCGGCUUCCGCGUAGACUACUCCGGCCGUGGGGAGUUGAGCGAGCGGCAGCAAAAGCUGGCGCGAGUGCUGAACAAGCUGCAGAAGGUGAGCGAGGAGUUCAACGUCGCGGUGGUGCUGUCGAACCAAGUCAUGGCCGAUGCAGGCGGUGGCUGCGCCUUCAUGCCCAGCCACCCGAAGCCCGUGGGCGGGCACAUCUUGGCGCACUUCUCUACCACCAGGAUCAUGCUGCGCAAGGGUCGUGGAGAGCAGCGUGUGGCGAAGAUCUAUGACUCCCCGUGCCUGCCUGAGAGCGAAAGCAUCUUUGAGAUCUACGGUGGUGGUGUGAGGAACGCCAGUGAUUGAGGCAUCCCUGGCAAGAUCUUGCACGUGUGCGAUACCAGACUGGUUUUUGCUGAGGGCCAGCGGACCAGUGGGCAUGAGACAAUCGACAACUUGCAUGCAGAGGCAGCAGCUGAGCUUGGAACUGCGCCUUGCAGAAGCAACAGCAAUUCACAGAGCUUGUUGCACUCAGGCGCCGAGCCUAUGUUUGGUGGAUCCGCCCGUAGCCGAAAGUGGCCAAAUUUGUCCAGUUUUGUUUGUCUGGCA